UUGAUCUCUGACCUCCAAGUACCCACGUGUCAACCCCCUAAAAUUAAAAGCUAAGAAGUAUGGAUGAUACUGAAAGCCAAAGUGACCCUAUUCUGCAAUGCUCUACCAAGAUGGAAGCUAUUUCAUUGGGAGGAGAGCAACUGAAUGUCCCAGCCUGUCUUCUAGAAGAUAGCCACAUAUUCUCUGAGGUCCUCAGUGGGAACACAUGGGACAAUGUACUAACAGAGGAAGAGCGGACAAGGCUUGAAGCAUUGCUACCUCAAACCAAGGGAGACCACCCUCAACCAGACAAAGACAUGCUCAAACUGCUAUUCUCCGGUGGCAACGUGAGAUUUGGCAAUCCUAUCCAGAAACUUUGGGAAAAAAUGCAUUAUGGUUCUCUCUCCCCUGAGGUCGUGGCCUCACAGCAACACCUUGUACAGCUGAAACAGCACCAGUAUAAGCUGAGUCAGCAGGCCCGCUAUGUGGCCAUUCUGAGGGAGCUGUUAUUGUCAAGACAACACCUACUGCAGGAGGCACUAUUCUCAGGGGCACUGGAGAACCUCUCCUCAAGCAGAGACACAGAGAAACCAGCCGGUCAGAGGAGGAGGGAGUCCACAUUCACUAGGUUGUUGCACGAGAUAAGGAAAGAGUGUGAUCAAGGUAGCGCGUAUAUGUCGUCAGACGAGGAAGAACCAGCCAAUCAGAUCACAGACGAUACUGUCGUCACUGAUGAUGAGUACAGACAGAUGUUGCAAAUCCACAGAACUAAGAGAAAGAUGAAUAAGACAAGUGCCGAACAAGCAGUGAAAGGUCUGGAGACAAGACAGAACCUCGACUAUAGUAGAAGUUUUUCGAGGAGAAGAGUGAGAGACAAACAACAUGCGGUCAGUAAGAGGCUGAAAACAGAUCAGGAAGUGGGUGUGGCCCAACCAGUCUUGCACAGGUCUCGAUCUUUGCAAAGAGUGGAAGGGAUGGAUGUGAAUACUGACGCCCACCAGGCCGUGUACGAGGCGUAUCGACCACUGGACAAUACUGGCUCAACAGCUGACCCGCCACUAGAGCCAGUCAGGAUCGAGGGACCACUCCCGGUGGCCAAGUUUAUGAGUUUCUUUUCUCUACUAAGACACAUCUUCACAGAUAAUCUAGAUGGGAAGGGAGAACUGAGCAAGCUGGUGAAGUAUGUGAGGCAUGCUAUGAGGUCUCCUGAGGUGUCCUGCUGUGUGUGGGGUAGGAGGCGCCCUAACUGGUCCCAGCUCACUCUCUCUGCCAUCUGCUAUCUAGCUGCUGAAGUGGGAGCUGUGUCCUCGUUCUCUCCUCUGGCUCACUUCAUACCUGUCAUUGAGUUCCGGGACAGAAUAGACCACUGGAAGUGGAUCGGGGCUGGUAGAGACAAUGAUGUGGAUCUGCUCAUUCUCUGCGAUCACUGGCUACAGAGCCUGCCCAAAAUUCUCCCCGUGGUGGAUUAUUCAGAGUACGAGCCUCCGCCUCCUCAUGUAUGGACUCGAUUCACUUUCAGGUCUUGCUCUCCAAAGGAGAUCAUGAAAUUCCAACAACUGGAAAGGGAUCGCUAUGCCUCCCCUCAGAAGUCCUUUACCUACAUGGUGCAUGGCUUUGAGGCACCAGUUGGGCCUGUCAAAGGCUCUCGUUCCACCAAGAGGGAGGCGAGCAGCAAGGCCCGAGGCCACGCCCUUCUCAUACCCGAGCGACCCACCUGUGUCACUAUACUCUCACUCGUGCGUGAUGCCACCUCCAGACUACCCAAUGGAGAAGGAACAAGAAUUGAUCUGUGUGUCCUGGUGCAGGACUCCCAGUACCUCUCUGACAAUGUGUCCGACAGUCAGUUGAACAAUGCCGUGAGUGGUGCCCUGGACAGACUCCAUUAUGAGAAGGACCCGUGCGUUCGUUACGAUGGCUCUAGGAAGGUGUGGAUCUACCUGCACCGAAGUAGGAACGAGGAAGACUUCGAGAGGAUAUUCUGGGCAUGUGAGGUAGCUGCUAACCAGCGGAAGAAGCUCAUGUCUCGACCUCGUAUCAGACCAAGGGUGAUCAUGAGCGUGGACAGUGGGGAAGUGAUCCUGGACCCAGGUGGCCCCGCCCACCCAUUGGAGGACAUUCCCGUCAAGCCGCCACCCAAGAAACGCUCCACCAACACCACCCCCAAGACUGCCCCCUCCCGCUCUAGUGGGACCACACCCAGUGAAGGAACGGGAGGGAAGACACCACGGGCUGAUCAAGCAGGUGCUCAGAGCUCAUCCAAAAAAAAGACGAAACACUCUCAGAAAUUGUCAGACCAGCAGACAAGCCAGCAGCAGCGUCAGCAGUCCACGAGCAAGAUACACCCCUCUCCACUCACUGCCCAACCCACCACCUCCCUACAGAGCUCCGACUGGGGUUCCAGCGAUGAGGAACAGGUCUUGCCGUUCCUAGACAGCUCUCUCGUGUCGAUCGAGGACAAGCUGAGUCAAGACUCUGCCUCCAGCUGGCACUCCUCUGACAGUGGUGCUGAGGAAGGAGGUGUUACAAUAGCAAUGGAGAGCAACCCCAGAUUCCCUUCAUCAACCAACCAGAUGCCUGCUAGACUCCCUUCAAUAACCACACCCACUUUUAUGACCGAGUCUGCCGGACCAUCACACUUCCUCACGCCCACACAGAAUUUCCUCCCAGGGACACCCACUGUGAUCACACCCACUUUUAUACCUGAUAUCAGUAUGGGGGACGAGAGUGAUGUGCUGAGUCAGCAGUUUGGCGGCAAUGGAGCUGAGAAGAGCCUACAACCUUGGCUGAGCUCCGGCAGCACCACCCCAUCAUAACUAACACUAAUUAAUAUAUAAUCAUAUUAAGAUAAUUAUUGUACCUAUAUUGUAUAAUUAUGAAUAUUAUUAUGAAUUAUGUUAAUGGUGCAA